UUUUGCUUAACUUGUUGUUCAUAUCAAGUUCUACCAAUCAUUAAAGAUGCACAGGGGCAACAUGGACUUCGACAUGGAGACUAUCAAAGAUACAGGUAUAGCAAGCUUUUAAUUUCAUAUCAUAUAGGUUGGGUACAACUUGCAUGGCAUAAAUUACAUAUGGAUUUUAUGGAGUGGCCAUUUGUUACAUUACAACAACAACAACAUCAACAACAACAACAAUAUAAACUUUAUUUUCACUUGAAUUUUGGAGUAGCUAGUGAGCUAACACAUUGUAUUAUUGGAUGUUAUUAGUUCACUUUCUUGCACUUUUGACACUAAAAAUACCCAUUUUUCGAUAGACUGUGAGCAGUCUUUCUUUUGCUCAAAAGUUUGUGAGCCAGCACAAUAUGUGAGUAUGUGAGCCACGAGCAGCGAGUUGUGAAGGGCACCAGUAGAUAGGCCGGUCUAUGAAGUGAUGAUGUGCAUCUGCCAUCAGUAGCUCAUCAACAUCAGUUGGAGACCUGGCCCAUGCUUUAAAUGAAUUUGACCCUUCACAGGAUUUUGAGAAGUAAGGUAAUUUCAUGGGCACGUAUGUCAUGACACGGCAUGCAAUGUCAUGGAUAUGUGCAUAUUUAUUGAGUAAAACAAAAAGUAUCACUGUUCCUGCAUAGUACCUUUGUUUGUUACACCAAAGCCUUUGUUUUAAGAUGUUCGCUAUUUAUGUCACAGUAAAAUUAGUGUGCGAAAUGACAUGUGUGGAGUAGCACACAUGCUACACUAGUACAAAAGUCUCAACCCACAGUUAAAUAGCAUGUAUGGAAAAAAUGAGACGGUGUUCGAAAGAUAAAAAACUAUUUUCAAAUGGCAUAUGAAAACUUUCAAAUGAAAAACUUUGUGUGUUUGACCUGAAAAAGCAGAGGUAAAAAAUAGCAAUAAUAGUCACUGAUGUUUAUUUUAAUGCAAAUCAUACUCACUUUCUGUGUAAAAUUUAACUGCGGUCUACAAUUUUUAAUUCAAAAUUUGAGAAAUGAAAAUCCAUGUAACAGAAAAGAUUCUUCUUAGUUCUGAAGAAAUUGACUCUAUGCACUGCAUAACCUACGCAUAAGAAAGAAAGGAAAGAAAACCUCUGUUGUUCAAGCAAACUCUAAGGUUACGUUUCAAGUGUUUGGCCUAUCAAUACUUAUGCAAUAUUGGAUACGGUUAAUUAGCCGUCUGCUUUUAUGCCAAAAAAUCACUAGACUGUGAAAGACUAUUCUCUCUGGCUUUGGUGGUAGUUUCUCUUUUUUGGUGCCUCUCCCAUCUAGGGCCUUUAAUAGUCUCGUGCGUGGUCAUUUGCGUGUCUUGCGCGUUUCGCUUGACAGACUAAGGAAAAAGGUGAAUAAGUAACAUAAACAGCAAGUACAUGUAGGCAGAAAAUGAAACAGCUAGGGAUUUCUGUUGAUUCUAUGUUUCUCCUAUAUUGCUGUAAAACUAGCAGUAGUACCUAGGCAAAUUUUGUGCCCCUGACACUUACUAACAACCUUCCUAUUAUAAUCAUAUUUUCUGUAAUUUCAAGGCAAUACUGUCAGCGUAGGCUGAGACGAUUAUACAAAACAAUGAAUUUCCAGCAUGGAUCUCGCCAUUCAUUUAAAGCAAAAAAAGUGACACAGGAGUUACUUAAUGAUGUCAAGUAAGUAUAGUAAGGUAGACUUUAAAUAAGGUAAUAUCUUUCAAAAUUAGCUUUCUUAAUUGUGGAAGAAACAAAUGCUUUUCAUUCAACAAAUUGUACAAAGGGCUAGUGCUCAAAACUUGUUAUUCUCUCUAUGACCCUUAGUUACUUAGUAGAAAACUUAGACCGCGAGCGGUGGUCCUUUUUUCCUCAUUGCCACGGGUGGCGAGCAAAAAAGUGAAAUUAUACAAAGAAAGGAGGAGAGAUUACGGGAAAGGAGGUUUAUUGUAUUUUGAACUACCGUUUCAGUGAAACCGAAAUUCGCGAUUGACCAGCUGCUUGUCAAUCUGUCAACAACAAAAACAUCUGAGUCACAAAGAAGUCUAAUUUUUAGGGACUGGAUGCCAGGAUUCCAUAUUGAACAGGAAAUAAUAGAAUAUUGAACAAAAUGGAGCCAGUUGUGGUUGUGGUCAACAACAACAACAACAACAACAACGUAAUUACCUGACUAGCAACACAUUAGUUGCAAACAUAUCCGAAAUCUCGGUGGAACUCAAAGAACUUUGAAAGGUAGCAUGCUGGAGUGUCUCUGUGAGUGUCACUGGUUUUUCAUCAGUUGAACGAGACCACUUUGUUUGCCACCUUAAAUUUUCAUUGUAAAAGUCUCUCUUCUUUGAAAGAUAGGUUUUGUAGGUUUCAUAAAUCUUCUCUUGUAGUCUGCUGUUGAAAGCAUUCAGCUUUGCUGGAACAAGAUAUUGUCCUAAGAAAUGAUGCUCUUGUGACAGAAGCCUGACAUUUAGUUCUUGUGCGAGGUGGUCGACUAAAAAAGGAAAAUACACAGCUCUUUGCCAAUACAUCUCUGGUGUUUCU